AUGGCGUCUGCUGGACAAGAUAAUGAUGCCAAUUUUGAUAAUUCCAUCAUUUUAGGUGUGGUUGUUGUGGACUUUAAUCAUCUAGUGGGCCCUCAGAUUGAAUACGCAUAUCCACGGGAGCUUGAAUCGAAUGAAGAGCUUGGAACACAGCUUCCGUUCAUGGCCCUACCGGAUGGUAGUCAUAUGUCUGAUGAGGAUUACUCUUACUUUCAUCUGCUAUGUCGUUCUCUGCGCCCUAGCACUAUUUUUGGCAUUUCGUGCAACCGGCAAAUCCAAGCAGAUGAUUUGAUCAACAAGGGCUCAGACGUGAAGCGCAGUAUGGUGCAAAAGGCCAUUGUUAUUCUCGCUAUGCAGCCUAUUUUUGGACCUUUACGCACGAAGCUUGGAAUGGUAACGCGUGCUUUCUUUGCACAACGUGAUUUAAAUAAUGUCAAACUUCUCGAGGAGUUUUAUGAGACUCUUGAGUCAGGCGUGCAUCGUUCUCCAGCUAAAGAUAAAAGUAUUUCAUCUGAUGAGGAUGGAAAUACAUUAUAUAUGGGCACAUCUAUUCGAGAGUGUGUGCAUAAAUGGCGAUUCCGAACCCUGAUGCUCCUGAAGCUCAUCUUAUUACAGAAACGCAUUAUGGUGUAUGGAUACCCAGUCGAACAUUUGUGUACAUUGCAGUACAGUCUUGUUUCUUUAAUACCUGCGCUACUUCCACACCUCCAAGAUGCGGCCGCCCCGGAAUUGAAUACAUUGUCCCGGGAUCGUGUCAAGGCCGAGUCGCUUCGUAUGUCAGAUCGAGACAGUUUACUUGCUUACAUGGGACUGCCUCUGCCUUUAUUUAGCCAUGACGCAUUUUUUCAGCCAUACUGCCCAUUACAGCAGAUUGACAAUCUCCGGUGCAAGACAUGGCUGAUCGGCACAACUAAUCAGAUUUUCAAGCACCAGAAAACGUCGCAGCCCGACGUAAUUGUGGAUCUGUACAAGAUGCAGCUCUCUUUCCUGGAUCCAACUUUGCAUAAUCUCGUAUCACUCACACCGGCCGAUCGAAAAUGGAUGGAUGACGUGAUUAAUGUGGUGCAGUCCACAUGGAAUAGCGCCGAUCCAGCACAGCCGGUACAAAUGCAGUACAAGGGAAGUGACGACUAUCUUCGUGCACGUUUUGAAGAGUACGUGUUUGGCUUACUAUCUACCGCCAAGUAUUGUGAAUUGCAUCCAUCAGCUGGAGAAGCAUCCUCACUAUUAUCUUUUGGCUCCGACUUUGUCGAAGCGUUCCGGCAAACGUCCGUGUUUCAAACAUGGCAUCAGUUCACUGACGAGACAUUAUGUGAAUUGAUUCCUGGCCAGCAUCCAUGCUCAGGAAAGACGACGGUACUAUCAGACGUGGCGAUCCGACUCCAAGCCGGCAUUAAUGAUCUCAACUUGGAAGAGAACCUCGGACCAACACGGGAGCGCAUCGGUGCAGCAUGGCAGGCAGGUAGUGCGAGUCUAUUGCGGGCUGCGCAUACAUGGCGCCAGGAUCUUGGUCGUAUGACUGCAUCUUAUUCAAGAAAUGACACGGAAUCUGGCGAAUCGACGCCCAAGCUUUCAAAUGCUUUAUCUGCAUGGCAGGCAACAAGUUCCCAGGGGGCCGCGGCAUUAAGUCAAUUCGGAUCAUACUUGUCGUCCAAGCAACGGGAAUGGUACGGAAGCUUUACCAAGUCUUCUGACAAAAAUGAUGACUCUAUGGCAGCAGAGAACAAAGAGUCUCCUCAAAAACAUACAUAG